AUGACAAGCUCUCUUUGCAGUGUUACCUCACCUGUGGUCAUUCUAGAAGCAACAUCUUCUAUUACAAAAAUUUAGGAACUACAUCAGAAAUUAAAGUGCUCUUUGCAUAGACCACAUCUUUGGACUACUACCUACCACAAGACCCAGGGCAUUCACAAUGAGCAUUAGUGAAGACGACGUGGAGAAGUUUCUUGAUGGCAACCCUGCUUUUGCCAAACAGUACUUUGAGAAGAAACUAAGAACAGAGUCCUGGGAUAGCAAUGAGAGUGAAAUCCUUUUUGAGUUAAUCCAAGACAUGCAAGAAAGCAUCAACAUGGAGAAAGUUGUUUUCAAGACUUUGAGAAGAAUCAGGUCCCUUAUUCACGCUGACCGCUGUAGUCUUUUCAUGUACAGGCAGAGAAAUGGCACGCCGGAACUGGCAACAAGGCUUUUCAACAUCCAAGAGGGAAGCACUCUGGAGGAAUGCCUGGUCUCCCCAGACUGCGAGAUUGUCUAUCCUUUGGACAUAGGUAUUGUGGGCUACGUUGCGCAAACCAAGAAAACGAUGAACAUCAAGGAUGUCAGUGAGUGUGCCCAGUUCAGUCCAUUUGUUGAUGAACUCACUGACUACACUACGAAAAGCAUCCUUGCGACACCUAUCUUGAAUGGCAAAGAUUUAGUUGCUGUCAUUUUGGCUAUAAAUAAGCUGAACGGCCCAUACUUCACCAGCUCUGAUGAAACACUUUUUCUGAAGUACCUGAAUUUUGCCUCCUUGAACUUGAAAAUUUAUCACUUGAGUUAUCUUCACAAUUGUGAGACUCGAAGAGGCCAGGUGCUGUUGUGGUCAGCUAAUAAGGUUUUCGAGGAACUGACCGACAUUGAGAGGCAGUUCCACAAGGCUUUUUACACAGUGAGAGCAUACCUGAACUGCGACCGGUACUCAGUAGGUCUCCUGGACAUGACGAAGCAGAAAGAAUUUUUUGACCUGUGGCCAGUCCUGCUGGGAGAAGUUCCCCCCUACUCAGGACCUCGCACCCCAGAUGGCAGGGAAAUAGUCUUUUACAAGGUCAUUGAUUAUAUAUUACAUGGAAAAGAAGACAUUAAAGUCAUCCCAAAUCCUACCCUGGAUCACUGGGCGCUAGUUACUGGACUGCCAACUUAUGUGGCUGAAAGUGGAUUUAUUUGCAACAUUAUGAAUGCUGCUGCAGAUGAGAUGUUUAACUUUCAGGAAGGUCCUCUAGAUGAAUCAGGAUGGACUAUCAAAAAUGUUCUCUCCAUGCCAAUAGUCAAUAAAAAGGAAGAAAUUGUUGGCGUUGUCACAUUUUAUAACAGAAAAGAUGGGAAACCAUUUGACGAACAGGACGAGACCCUCAUGGAGUCCCUGACACAGUUCCUGGGUUGGUCUGUACUCAACACAGACACGUAUGAUAAGAUGAACAAGCUGGAGAAUCGGAAGGACAUUGCUCAGGAUAUGGUGCUCUACCAUGUGAAAUGUGACAAGGAUGAAAUCCAGGAAAUUCUGCCAACCCGAGAAAAACUGGGAAAGGAACCAAGUGAGUGUGAGGAAGAGGAGCUGGCAAGCAUCCUGAAAGAAGAACUCCCAGGACCUACCAAGUUUGAAAUCUAUGAGUUCAGGUUCUCCGACUUUGACUGCACAGAGCUAGAGCUGGUGAAGUGCGGCAUUCAGAUGUACUAUGAGCUUGGCGUGGUGAAAAAGUUCCAGAUCCCACAGGAGGUUCUGGUAAGGUUUGUGUACUCUGUCAGCAAAGGCUACCGGAAGAUAACUUACCACAACUGGCGCCAUGGCUUCAAUGUCGCGCAGACGAUGUUCACUCUCCUGAUGACAGGCAAACUGAAGCGUUACUACACAGACCUCGAAGCCCUUGCAAUGGUAACUGCUGCUUUGUGCCACGAUAUUGACCACAGGGGAACCAACAACCUUUACCAAAUGAAAUCUCAAAAUCCUCUAGCUAAACUUCAUGGAUCCUCAAUUUUAGAGAGACAUCACUUGGAAUUUGGAAAAUUUUUGCUCUCUGAAGAGUCGCUGAAUAUAUGUCAGAACCUCAACCGCAGACAGCAUGAGCACAUGAUUCACCUGAUGGAAAUUGCCAUUAUAGCAACAGACCUGGCACUCUACUUCAAAAAGAGAACAAUGUUUCAAAAGAUUGUUGACGAGUCCAAGACAUACGAUAGCAUGACUGCCUGGACUGAAUACCUGUCUCUGGAGACAACAAAGAAAGAGGUUGUCAUGGCCAUGAUGAUGACUGCCUGUGAUUUGUCAGCAAUCACAAAGCCUUGGGAAGUCCAGAGUAAGGUAGCUCUCCUGGUAGCAGCUGAGUUCUGGGAGCAAGGAGACUUAGAAAUAAGCGUCCUUCAGCAACAGCCUAUUCCCAUGAUGGACCGGAGGAAAGCUGCUGAGCUUCCAAAGCUUCAAGUGGGUUUCAUCGACUUUGUGUGCACAUUUGUCUAUAAGGAAUUUUCCCGUUUCCAUGAGGAAAUUCAGCCUAUGCUUGAUGGGCUGCUGAACAACAGAAACGAGUGGAAGACUCGUGCUGAUGAGUAUGAUGCAAAAAUGAAAGCUCUGGAGGAAGAGAAGAAAAAAGAGGAAGAGAAGAUGGCUGCAAAGAAAGAUGGAAUAACCUGCAAUGGAGGAACAGCUCCAGCUUCCAAAACCUGUAGCAUACUUUAG